CUUUCCAUAGUAGUAAUAUAUUUCACGGUUAUAAUAACAUGCGUCACCUCCCGCUAUAAUAUAAUUUAGUAUAGUACGUCGACAUUCCACCACUCCAAUCGUGUGAGAACCAACGUGCGUGGGUGUAAUAAACCUCUAUCACUUUGUGGAGGUGAAUCUAUCGUGGUGGCGGCUUGGGAGGGCCCCCAUCGCAUCGUCUACCUCUUCUUCGUGCACCAUCUCCAUGCCGGCGCCGCCGCCGAGCACGUUGAAUCCCCGCACAUAUGAAUGCUCCACGAGCGGCGAAAGCGCGUAGUUGAGGUAUCCGUUGCCUUCGUCAAACGACGGGGGCGGGUCUAAGCUGGAAAAACUCACAGACCUGCCAAAGUCAAGCUCGUCUUCCACCAGUGGAGAUAUGGCAAAGUUGAGGUAGCUGGGGGUGGUCGACUUGUCAAGGGAUUCGGAGGUGGGCGUUGGCGACGGCACGGUCGAUGGCACCUCGGACAGCGGGGACACGGACUCGGACGAGUAAUGCGUGAGCUUCAAGUCAUAGUUGGUUGAUGGAGGAAUCGCAGCAGCAGCGACAUGCGGCGGCUGCGGCUGGUACGCAGGAUGAUGGAGGCUCGCGUUGAGGUCGAUGUCGUGGAAGGACGAGUGCUGCCGCCGGGUAGUCCCGGUCGAGUACUGACUUGGCACCCGGUGGUUGGCGGCUGUGGUACGAGAUGGCUCGCGCUCGUAGCUGUUAACGCGCGACCGCACAAUGUACGCGCCGGCAUACGUGGCGAUCUGCUGUUCGGUGCGCUCUUUCUGCCGCCGGCGGUGCAAGCAACACCCCCAUACGACCAAGAGAAGCAGGAGAACGACUCCACCGCCAAUGCCGAGCGCGAUGGGCGUCCAAUUGGUUUCGGAAACCGGCUGGACCACCAGCUGCAGGUUGCGGUAUGUCACGAGGUCAAUGUACGCAGGUUGGGUGACGUUUUCCUUGGUGUAGUUGGACAACACGGUGGCAGUAGCUACGAGUGUAAACUGGCCCGGGUCUAAUGGCAGCUUGACGGCGGUGGCGGAGAACGAAGCCGUGCCCGUGGAAGCAAACUUGGUGCCUUGGAUGGGACCAGCCAACAAAUCGAUUCGAUUCGCACAAUGCAGUCGACGGUCGGUGCCUGGACACAGGUACAACGACGAGUGGACAACGUUGGUGGUCAAUGGAUUGAUGGGUUUGAACGUCACAGACGACUUCGUGACGGCCAGUGACCACGACAACGGCAUCGAGUCGCCCACAACGGAGGGCGACUGGAAUGGCGCGAUGGCCACAUUAGCCGGACAUAGCCCACCGUUGGCCUUGUCGAGACUCCCGCUGGCGUCGUCUUUGACGGAGGCAAAGCAGUACGUCGUGACGUCGUCCACAGCAGCCGCCGCCAUGGUGACAGCGCGCAAUGACGGAGGAAAUGGUGGACUGCAUAUUAGCUGCCUCGCGCCAGCUGGC